UCCCAUUCUGCUUCUCCUCUAUCCCUGCAGGCAUUCUCUUUCUUUCUUUAUUUCCACCUCUCCCUCCCUCUAUUAGUCUGGACCCUUUCUCUCUGCCAUCUCACUCCUCCCAUUCCCACCACAAUCUCCCUUCAGGUCAGUGAGCAUUAGUUCUCCCACAGGGGCAAGGGGAACGUUGGGACGGCAACGACUCCACGACGACAAGCCUCUCCGGCAUCAUUUCCACGACGACGCCAUCUCGGCAGGAGCAUUACCACGGUGACACCCUCUCCUGACACGCCUAGCGGACACUGUGGGUUGGUUUGCAGGUGCACCCUGCACAGAGACGGGGGAGGGAGGGACAUAACUAUCUUCUUUCUGUCUCUCUCUCUCUCUCUCUCAUAUCUCUCUGAGUAUUUUUGUAUCUGACCUGGGAUUCGACAACAAAGUUGACGGUAAAGACAACACUGGAGCUAUGAGACCAAGAUAAGAAUGUGUUGAACCAGAGAACGUGUUAUGUCUCUCACAAGUAGCUCUGUUUUUCCAACUCAGGUCCUCAGCGACUUUGACUCGUUUGGUUGGUUGGCUGAGAUCGUUCUAAUUCGUUCUGUUCUGUGGGAAUUGUUUUGAGCUGGUAGCCCGGUUCAGGAACACCCAGUCCCUACGUGACUUGAGUCCACUUGAGGGACGUCACCGACAGAAGGGUCAGAGGGCGACGGUGAGGUCACCGACCAGAGUGAGAAACUGGAGCAAGAGAGCUUGGCAAUUGGACCCAACAUGGAGGGGUACGGCUACGAACACUUUGGGGUGGAUGGAGAGCGGGACAGCCACCAGAUGGACUACCGGAGGAUCGUAGGGGACACAGAGCUACCCUGUCCCAGCUCCAACCCCUCACCCCAAGACGCGGAGCACCUCUUCCGCCUCAGCCCCCAUGGGCAUGGACAUGGGCACGGGCAUGAGACGGCCGCCCAGCGAUACAGCGCCACCCGCAUCCAAGCUGGCUUUGGCCCCGAGAGCAUGGCUGAUUACCUGAUCAGUGGUGGUACGGGCUAUGUCCCAGAAGACGGACUCUCCGCACAACAGCUUUUCUCCGUUGGAGACGGCCUCACCUACAAAUCUGCUCAACAACAGUCUGUUGUCGCUGAUGGUCAAACGGCAGAAGAGCUAUGCUCUAAAGGCGACGGGUUGACUUACAACGACUUCCUGAUUCUGCCGGGCUUCAUUGAUUUUGCCUCGGACGAUGUGGAUCUGACCUCUGCCCUGACCAGGAAGAUCACCCUGAAGACGCCUCUCAUCUCCUCCCCGAUGGACACAGUCACAGAGUCAUCGAUGGCCAUCGCCAUGGCGCUCAUGGGAGGCAUCGGCCUCAUCCAUCACAACUGCACCCCUGAAUUCCAAGCCAACGAGGUCCGCAAGGUUAAGAGGUUUGAGCAGGGCUUCAUCACAGACCCUCUUGUAAUGAGCCCGCGUCACACGGUGGGGGACGUGUUCGAGGCCAAGACUCGCCACGGCUUCUCUGGCAUCCCUGUCACCGAGACUGGCAAGAUGGGCAGCAAGCUGGUGGGCAUCAUCACCUCCAGAGACAUCGACUUCCUCUCCGAGAAGGACCACAGCCGACCACUGGAGGAGGCCAUGACUAAGAGGGAGGAGCUAGUGGUGGCCCCAGCCGGUGUCACGCUGAAAGAGGCUAACGACAUUCUACAGCGGAGCAAAAAAGGCAAGCUGCCCAUCGUGAACGACAAUGAUGAGCUGGUGUCCAUCAUCGCCAGGACAGACUUGAAGAAGAACAGGGACUACCCCCUGGCCUCCAAAGACUCUCGCAAACAGCUGCUGUGCGGAGCCGCCAUCGGCACCAGGGACGACGACAAGUACAGACUGGACCUACUGAUGCAGGCUGGGGUCGACGUGGUCGUACUGGAUUCCUCACAAGGCAACUCUGUGUAUCAGGUCAACAUGAUCAACUACAUCAAACAGAAGUACAGCGAGCUGCAGGUGGUGGGAGGGAACGUGGUGACGGCAGCCCAGGCCAAGAACCUGAUUGAUGCAGGAGUGGACGCUCUGAGAGUGGGCAUGGGCUGUGGCUCCAUCUGUAUCACCCAGGAAGUGAUGGCGUGCGGGCGGCCUCAGGGCACCUCGGUGUAUAAGGUGGCAGAGUAUGCUAGACGUUUCGGUGUGCCAGUCAUCGCAGACGGCGGCAUUCAGACCGUGGGCCACGUGGUCAAAGCUCUCUCACUCGGGGCAUCCACAGUGAUGAUGGGCUCGUUGCUAGCGGCGACCACGGAGGCUCCGGGGGAGUACUUCUUCUCGGACGGCGUGCGGCUGAAGAAGUACCGCGGCAUGGGCUCUCUGGACGCCAUGGAGAAGAGCACCAGCAGCCAGAAACGCUACUUCAGUGAAGGGGACAAGGUGAAGGUGGCUCAGGGCGUGUCCGGCUCUGUCCAGGACAAGGGCUCCAUCCACAAGUUUAUCCCCUACCUGAUCGCUGGCAUCCAACAUGGCUGUCAGGACAUCGGCGCCAAGAGUCUCUCUGUUCUACGCUCCAUGAUGUACUCUGGAGAGCUGAAGUUUGAGAAGAGGACCACGUCUGCUCAGGUGGAAGGAGGAGUCCAUGGGCUUCACUCAUGUUCUGUUGUUCCAUUUACGAGAAACGACUUUACUGAUGGAGGGGCCAGAAAGAAGCGGACUAGGGCCGCCCCCAACACCCCCACCCCCGUUGUGACCAAACGUACCCGCCACAUCUGACACCCACCUCAUCACUCUCCCUGCCGACUCCCCACAUACCCCACGGGAGAGGUCUGGGGGGGAACACCUGCAAAACAAACACCAUCACCUGGGAAACAUAGGAUUUUGCACUUACGAAGCGGAACAUCAGGGUUUUCACCAUAACCCCCUCCCAGAAUACCGGUCCCCUUGGUGUGUGUGAGAGCGUGUUGAAGGAAGUAUUUGAUUGUGUGUGAGAGAGAGAGGGGGAGUGUGUGUGAGAGAGAGUGUGUGUGAGGACAAACUCAGUGAAGAAGGUGCUGUUAUGCUAUCUUCCUCUUCCUGGUGAAACUGAGAGAGCCAUGCUGUCACCCCUCUGUAUUCUCUGGGAUCUGCUCGUACCGACACCUCCACAUCAGAAGCCACAAACAUCCCAAUCAAACUAUAUAUAUAUAUAUGUGGAAAAACACUUGUCUUGCUACUCUGUGUGCAAGUGUAUUGUGGCAAUCCUCCUUUAUCUAUGUAGUUAGCUCUGUUUAUGCAGAAAGAUGUUAACUGCUUUGAGAAAAGUAGAUUGUUCUGUUAAACUUUUGACUGUGAUUUAACUGACAGACUCAUUGGCUGGGACUCUAGACUAGGUAACAUUCCCUCGCCGUAGUGGCCAUGUCAUACCCCCCUUAGUCGAAGUGAACCAAUAAACUAGUGAACCAAUAAACUAGUGGCCUAUCACAAUGCUUCUAGUGUGUUGAGAGCACGGUUGGGGCCAUAAAUCAAGGAACGUUUUUAAAACCACAGUGCUGGUAAACAAUGGCUAAUACGAUAAUCUUUUUGACGGGAAUGAAACGAGUUUAGAGAAAAUGGUUAGAUUUAAAAGCUGUAAAGCAGGGUUUCCCAACUGGCAUCCCCCAUGCCAAAUUUGACCCACGUGGUUUCAUUUAAAUAAAUAAGUGAUUAUUAUGCUUGGAACAAAAGGGUGUAAAAACGCCAGUUAAUCAGAACCAAGUGAUUUUAAUUUUGGUUAUCUGUUCCCAAGUAUUCCUACAGAUAAUACAGAGAUGUCAUCGUAUACUAAAUGUAAGCAAGGUUUGAAAUGAUUGUUUAAGUUAUAUCUGUUUGGGCCUCCUGCGGUCAAUUUGCAGUCUACAAAUGAUUUGUAAUUAUGUUCCGGCCCCUGCCCAUCCACCCAAGAAAUCGUCCCGAGGCUGAAUCUAGUUGACGAUCUCUGCUGAAGAAAGUCCCAGUGGCUCGAAGGAGCAUGGGUUUUGAUAGCAAGGGUUUUGAUAUGCAUGCUUUUUAGUUUUUUAAAGCCUCAACACGGCUCUAUUUAUAUUCCGCUUUUUUCUAAUUCCGUACAUACUGCCAAAUGUAUCUUUUGGUGUUAUUAAUACUAAAAGCCCAAAUUUAAAGCUACGAAUCGCCAGCAAUGUAGUCCCUCGCUCCACCCCUGUCCCAGAUUGUGGCACCAAUUGCUAGCAGCUUUGACCUGCUCAGAUUACCAGAGAUAUGCCUUGAAAUGGGGGUCGAUGAUGACCGCACACGACAGAAAGUGUUAAAUUCCCGUAAGAACUGUGUAUGUGCAUGGCGCUAUACAUCCUCCUCACCCCCUUUCUCACUGAGAUACCUUUAUCAUUCAGCUUGUGUAGGAAUAGAUUUUUCUAACGUUUUUCGUAAACAAUCUUUUUGCCAGAUGUUUUUUUUAGGAUGUCUCUAAGCUGUAGGAGUGACUUUCUUUCCGUUUUGUGCGAAUGUACUUUGCCCUACCGGGACCUCACUUGACUAACAGUACUCUUACAGUUGACAUGAAUAUUAAGUAAAUAUGUACAUGAAGAUGUAUGGAGAAUUAUAUACCUGUAUCCUGUUUGAAAUGGUUGUUUGCAGUCUCCCACCUUUAGUUCUGAAAAUCCCCACUGACUAUGAAACAGGCCUUGUUUACAAUGGGAUUACAACAGAAACCGGUCCCUAAUGCUGUAAAACAAUAAAAGUCCAAAUAUGUUGA